AUGGCUGACGCUCUGGGCCAAGAGAAGCAGCCUAUCCUCGGCUUCAUCCCACCGCCAGCAUCCGGCCUGAAUGCUCAUCACCGUCCCUGCCAGCCUCCUCCGGGGCCCGCAGCCACCAACCCCGACCCUGAGCCGCCCAUGACUGUCCACUUCCGCGUGCUGCUGCCCGGGUACAGGAAGAACUUGGCCGCCACGGGCUCCUGCCGUGAAGCCAGCCCGGGCCUAUUGGAGCCCCUGAGUGGGCCCCUCGGCCUGGAAGCCCCUGCCUGGCCAGCGCAGCGGUGGGAGAAGGGGAAAGCCCUUCUCCCCGGUGGCCCAGCUGGAGGCACGGUGGGGCAGGCGGACCGCGCUGUAAGCCGCAUCACGGACGCCCUGGGCGGAGGCCCACUGGCACACCGGGCCCCCUCCAAGGCUGCUGGCAGCGGGCGGUGGCCUCCUGGCCCGGUGCCCCACUUCUUCGGGCUGGAGGCGGCCGUGGGUCCGAAGGGCGCAGGGGCGCCUCUGACCGCGCCCUCGCGUCCGGCAGGCUCCACGCGCAAGCUCUACGAGAAGAAGAUCUUCGAGUACGAGACCCAGCGGCGGAGGCUGUCGCCGCCGAACUCGGCCGCGUCGCCGUUCUCCUACCGGCUUUCGGACUUCGACUCCGCCCCCGUGGACUCGGACAUGUAUGAUCUGCCCAAGAAGGAGGACGCCUUGCUGUACCAGAGCAAGGGCUUUAACGACGACUACUACGAGGAGAGUUACCAGAGCACCAGGACCUAUGGGGAGCCCGAGGCCGCGGGCCCCAGGGGCCUCCGCCAGCCCGCAGCCACUUCGCUGUCAGGCGCUGACACCUUCCACCGCCAGGUGCGCGACGACAGCCUUUUCUCUCCUGAAGAAGAGGGCAAGGAUAGGGAGCGCCGAGCCUACGGCCGGGACAGCACCUACCAGAGCAUCGCGCACUACCGCCCGGUUUCCAGCGUGGCUCGAGGCUCCCUGGGCCUGUCCUACUAUCCGCCAUCUUCCUCCUCUCCCGUGUCCUCACCUCCCCCCACUUCGUGGCUGGCCCGCCGUGCCAUCCGCCCUGAAAAGCCGGCGCCGGGGGCUGACCUGGGGCAGGACCGCCAGGUCCCGCUCUGGGGCCAGCUGCUCCUGUUCCUGGUCUUUGCCGCCUUCCUGCUCUUCGUGUACUACUCCAUGCAGGCCGAGGACGGCAACCCCUUCUGGACGCAGCCCUGAGGCCGCGCCUCGCACAGCUCGCGCCCGGCAGCUGCUCUCGGUCCUGGCUGAGGCUGCCCUAGCCGUGUCUGCUGGGGGUGGCUGGGGGCUGGGUGUGUAUUCUAGCUUGGGGUGCAGGGCCUGGCCCGCGCUGGCUCCCCCGCCUCGUCCCGCCUCGCCCCGCAGGGAGGCAGCGGUCUGUCCCUCUGGACGGCGUACCCAGUAGGCUGUCCUCUGGAGCCUCCUGGCCGUGCUGGCCUCUGACCCUUAGGCCCAGGAGAGCAAGGCCCUUCUGGAGAGAGUGUGGGCCACGGCAUGCCUCCUGUUCCUUGUAGCUCUUCAUGGAGCUAGCCACAGGCCACCGGCUUGGUUUUCGUGGACACAAUAAAAGACCAUUUAUUUUUAAGU